AUGACCUUGACCAAAAUGGAAGACAAAUAUCUUCUUGCUGGGAAAGAGUUACUGGUGAGUUUUCCUUUAUGCAGAGCAGUAGGAUUUGGCACCCGAAGCCGAGGUUGUUUGAAACCAUGGAUGAUUGCCCUUCUCAUUGUGUUAUUGCUGAUUGUGGUGGCAGUGACCAUUGGUCUUCUGGCUCACUUCUUAGUCUCUGGCCAGAAAACGGAGUAUUAUCAUGGUAUCUUUAAAAUUUUAGAUGUACGAACCAAUAGUAAUUCUGGAGACAAUGGCGUAUACCAACUUAAGGACUUAAAAGAGAUCAUCGAAAACUUGGUGGAUGAGAUAUUUAUCGAUUCAGCCUUGAAUAACCAUUAUAUCAAGAACCGAGUAGUCAGACUGACUCCAGAGGACAGUGGUAUGAAAGCAGAUAUCAUUAUGGUGUUCCAGUUCCCCUUUGCUGAGCAAAGGGCAGUAAGGAAGAAGAAAAUCCAUAGCAUCUUAAACCGGAAGAUAAGGAACACAAGAGCCUUGUCAAUAAAUGCCUCAUCAGUGCAAGUGAAUGCAAUGAGCUCAUCAACAGGGAAGUUAACUGUCCAAGCAUGUUGUGGUAAACGGGUUGUUCCAUUAAUAGUCAACAGAAUAAUGUCCGGAGACAUUGCGGCCAAGGCUGCCUGGCCUUGGCAAGCUUCCCUUCAGCGUGAUAACGUACAUCAGUGUGGGGCCACCUUGAUUAGCAAUACGUGGCUCGUCACUGCAGCACACUGCUUUAAGAAGAAUGCAAAUCCACGUGACUGGACUGUUAGCUUUGGAACAACAAUCAACCCUCCACUAAUGAAAAGAAAUAUCAAAAGAAUUAUUCUCCAUGAGAAGUAUCACUCCCCAGCAAGAGUGUACGAUAUUGCUGUUGUGCAGUUUUCUCCCAGAGUCACCUUUACUGAUGACAUCCGCCGGGUGUGUUUGCCAGAAGCUUCUGCAUCCUUCCGACCAAAUUCAACUGUCUAUAUCACAGGAUUUGGAGCACUUUACUACGGUGGGGAAUCUCAAAAUGACCUUCGAGAAGCCAGACUCAAGAUGAUAAGUGAUGAUGUGUGCAAGCAACCAGAUGUAUAUGGCAGUGAUAUAAAAUUUGGGAUGUUUUGUGCUGGAUAUCUGGAAGGCAUUUAUGAUGCCUGCAGGGGUGAUUCUGGGGGACCAUUAGUCAUAAAGGAUCUUAAAGAUACCUGGUAUCUCAUUGGAAUUGUGAGCUGGGGAGAUAACUGUGGUCAAAGGAACAAACCUGGAGUCUACACAAUGGUGACUUAUUACCGAAACUGGAUUGCUUCAAAAACAGGCCUCUAA